AUGCAUCUACUUGACCUUAACUACAAGGUCAAGGAAGGUGUGGAGGCUGCCGGCUUGGUGGGAUAUCAAUUCAAUACCAUUGCUAAAGGGCUACACGAGCUCACUCUACUCGCAACUGAUCACGAUAUCUGCUUCAGCGAUGCGAUUUCGAUGGGAACAUCAGGAAUGCGAUAUUCCCUGCAAUCGAGAGACUUAAUUGCGGAUUCAAUUGAGACUGUCAUGGGUGGACAAUGGUACGACGCCAAUAUUUCCAUCCCUGGUUGUGACAAGAAUAUGCCAGGUGUCUUAAUGGCAUUCCAGUCGUAUGGCGAAUACAUCACCGGCGCAAUCGAUGAAAAGACCAGGUUCGACAUCAUCAGAAACGCCUGUCCCGGUCAGGGCGCCUGCGGUGGCAUGUACACCGCAAACACGAUGGCUACAGCGAUCGAAUCAAUGGGCAUGUCCCUCCCCGGCUCAUCCUCCAAUCCAGCCGAUUCGCAGGAGAAGCUUGACGAAUGCAUCACAGCGGGCACUGCAAUCCGCAAUUUGUUAGAGAAGGACAUAACCCCCCGCCAGAUCCUUACUCGAUCAGCAUUUGAGAACGCUAUGGUUGUUGUGAAUAUCACGGGUGGUUCGACAAAUGCGGUGUUACAUUUGAUCGCAAUUGCACAUUCCGUUGGCGUGGACCUUAAGAUCGAUGAUUUCCAAAGUGUGAGUGAUCGGAUACCUUUCCUGGCGGAUUUGAAGCCUAGUGGGAAGUAUGUGAUGGCGGAUAUUCACCGGAUCGGAGGUACACCUGCUUUGUUGAAGUAUCUGUUGCAGAAUGAUUUGAUCGAUGGUGGUAUUAUGACCGUUACCGGGAAGACGUUGGCCGAGAAUUUACAGAAGGUUGAAGGUUUCCCCAAGGAUCAAGAUAUUAUCAGACCCUUGUCCAAUCCGAUCAAACCCACCGGUCAUAUCCAGAUCUUGAGGGGUUCUUUGGCACCUGGUGGUGCUGUAGGGAAGAUCACGGGGAAGGAAGGGUUGGUUUUCAAGGGGAAAGCGAGAGUCUACGAUGCUGAGGAUUUGUUCAUUGAGUCCUUGGAGAGAGGAGAAAUCAAGAAGGGAGAGAAGACAGUAGUUGUUAUUCGAUACGAAGGACCAAAGGGAGGACCUGGAAUGCCUGAAAUGUUGAAACCAAGUUCCGCCAUUAUGGGAGCUGGUCUGGGCAAAGAUGUUGCCUUAAUCACUGACGGCAGAUUCUCUGGAGGUUCUCACGGUUUUUUGAUCGGCCAUAUCGUCCCAGAAGCCCAAGAGGGUGGUCCAAUCGCCUUCGUCGAAGACGGUGACGAUAUCAUCAUCGAUGCCGAAACCCGUAAACUAGACCUUCUAGUCGAUGAAGCAACCCUUGCCAAGCGGAAAGAGGGCUAUGUCCAGAAACCAUUGAAGUACAACAAAGGUACAUUGUAUAAAUACGCAAAGAACGUGGCCGAUGCAAGCCAUGGAUGUAUCACCGAUUCCUGA